AUGAGAGAGAUCGUUCACGUCCAGGGUGGCCAGUGCGGCAACCAAAUCGGCGCCAAGUUUUGGGAGGUCAUCUCGGAUGAACACGGCAUUGAUCCGACUGGUACCUACUGCGGAGACAGUGACCUGCAGCUCGAGCGCAUCAAUGUCUUCUACAAUGAAGCCACUGGAGGACGAUUCGUGCCGCGCGCGAUCCUCAUGGAUCUGGAGCCCGGUACGAUGGACAGCGUCCGAGCCGGACCGUUUGGUCAGCUCUUCAGGCCUGACAACUUUGUCUUUGGACAAACUGGCGCAGGAAACAACUGGGCCAAGGGCCACUACACGGAGGGUGCGGAGCUCAUCGACUCCGUCCUGGACGUCGUCCGGAAGGAGGCUGAGGGCUGCGACUGCCUCCAGGGGUUCCAAAUCACCCACAGUCUCGGAGGCGGUACAGGGAGCGGUAUGGGUACGUUGUUGAUCAGCAAGGUUCGCGAGGAGUACCCCGACAGAAUCAUGGAAACCUUUAGCGUUUUCCCCUCGCCCAAGGUCUCCGACACCGUCGUCGAGCCGUACAACGCGACUCUCUCUGUGCACCAGCUCGUGGAGAACGCCGACGAGGUACAAGUCAUCGACAACGAGGCGCUGUACGACAUUUGCUUCCGCACGCUCAAACUCACCACACCGACCUACGGCGACUUGAACCAUCUGGUCAGUGCAGCCAUGUCCGGCGUCACUUGCUGCCUCCGAUUCCCCGGGCAGCUGAACAGCGAUCUCCGCAAACUCGCUGUCAACCUCAUCCCUUUUCCUCGUCUUCACUUCUUCCUCAUUGGCUUCGCCCCUCUGACCAGCCGCGGGAGUCAGCAGUACCGCGCCCUGAGCGUUCCCGAGUUGACUCAGCAGAUGUUCGACGCCAAGAAUAUGAUGUGCGCCUCGGACCCCCGCCACGGUCGCUACCUCACUGCGUCGGCCAUGUUCCGCGGCCGCAUGUCCACCAAGGAAGUCGACGAGCAGAUGCUCAACGUCCAGAACAAGAACUCGUCCUACUUUGUUGAGUGGAUCCCCAACAACAUGAAGUCCAGCGUCUGCGAUAUCCCGCCCAAGGGUCUCAAGAUGUCCGUCACCUUUGUCGGCAACUCCACCGCCAUCCAGGAGAUGUUCAAGCGUGUAUCGGACCAGUUCACUGCCAUGUUCCGGCGCAAGGCCUUCUUGCACUGGUACACCGGCGAGGGUAUGGACGAGAUGGAGUUCACCGAAGCCGAGUCCAACAUGAACGAUCUGGUCUCCGAGUAUCAGCAAUACCAGGAUGCCACCGCGGAGGAAGAAGGAGAGUUCGAUGAGGAAGAGGGCGAGAUGGGUGCCGAGGAAGGCGCGUAA